AUGGUGGCAAUGGCAUCCGAAAGCGUUAAGCGGAAAGCAUCGGAGGAGGCCCUUUCCCCGGAUUCUCAACAACAGAGCAAGAAAGCGCGCACGGAUUCUCCGGAAAGGGAUCCAAAGGAUGAAGACGAGCCUUUGGGAAAGCCGCCGCUGAGGAUCGUCCCCUUCCCCGAGAAGCCCGCAGUGCUUGAGGAACGUCGAGGCGAAAUCGAAUUUCGUGUGGUGAAUAACGAUGGCUCGCGAGACAGUUUCGUUGUCCUUACCGGGCUGAAAUGCAUCUUCCAGAAGCAGCUCCCUAAAAUGCCCAAGGACUAUAUUGCGCGCCUGGUCUAUGACCGAUCACAUCUGUCUAUGGCUAUUGUGAAACAUCCGUUGGAAGUGGUUGGAGGUAUCACAUACCGACCAUUCAAUGGCCGCCGGUUUGCCGAAAUCGUCUUCUGCGCCAUUUCGUCUGAUCAACAGGUCAAGGGCUAUGGUGCACACCUAAUGUCCCACCUCAAGGAUUAUGUGAAAGCGACAUCACCCAUCAUGCACUUCUUGACCUAUGCGGAUAACUAUGCGAUUGGGUAUUUCAAAAAGCAAGGGUUUACGAAGGAGAUUACGCUCGAUAAGUCCAUCUGGAUGGGUUAUAUCAAAGAUUACGAGGGCGGAACGAUCAUGCAGUGCACGAUGCUUCCCAAGAUACGCUAUCUUGAAAUGGGUCGCAUGCUUCUAAAGCAGAAGGAGGCGGUACAUGCGAAAAUCCGGGCCUUCAGUCGGUCACAUAUCAUCCAUGCUCCUCCGAAGGAGUGGAAGAACGGACCGUGUAAAAUUGAUCCUUUGAAUAUCUCGGCUAUCAAGGAAUCCGGAUGGUCGCCCGACAUGGACGAAUUAGCGCGUCAACCACGGCAUGGACCAAACUACAACCAACUACUACACCUUCUCAACGAUAUGCAAAACCAUAGCGCAGCAUGGCCAUUUACACAGCCUGUUAAUCGUGACGAAGUACCGGAUUACUACGAAGUCAUCAAGGAGCCAAUGGACCUGUCGACCAUGGAAGAGAAGCAUGAAAAAGACAUGUACCCGACUCCACAGGAUUUCAUCAAGGACGCCAUGUUGAUCUUUGAUAAUUGCCGAAGAUACAAUAACGAGAACACUCCCUACGCCAAAAGUGCCAACAAGCUGGAGAAAUUUAUGUGGCAGCAGAUCCGAAACAUUCCUGAGUGGUCGCACCUGGCGGAAGGCCAUUGA